CGCUCUCGUGCUCUACUACAUUGCCAUUUCUUUUCCUCCUACCCUAUUUUUCUUCUCUCCCUUGAUCAUUCUCAUUUGCUUGUUUUCUUUUCCGUAAAAUGCCUCUCUUUCUUUAUUUGUGUCUUCCAUGCCUCUCUUUUUUUAUUUCCAUAGAUUUCUAUUUCUAUAGAUUCUAGCCAUUCUCUCAGCAUCCUUUCAUGCAGCCUUCACUCAUUCACGCCACAAAAUCUUCUGUCACUUUUUCUCUCACGGAGGAAAAUUUUCUUUUUUUAUUUUCUUGUGUUUAUUCCUUUACUCAGCCGAAGAUUCCGACUGCAGCUUUUAUUUUAUUCCGGAACGCCACCAUCCAAAUAUUAGAACGGAUUUUUUUAUUCUAAACUGGAAUCAUGUUCUAUUUCCAGCUGGUGAUCAUGGCAGGAACGGUUCUCCUGGCUUACUACUUUGAGUAUACGGACACAUUCCCGGUGCACGUUCAAGGAUUCUUCUGCUUCGAUAAAGCCUUCUCCAAGCCGUAUCCAGGACCUGAAGAUGACAGCAAAGCUCCUCCGGUGCUGGUGUAUUCGCUGGUCACCGCCAUCCCCACCGUCACCAUUCUCCUGGGGGAGCUCGCAUCCUUCUUCACUAAACCUGAGGCCACGCAGGAGAAGACAAUUGUUACGGCUGACUGCUGCUAUUUCAACCCGCUGCUGAGACGCAUUGUCCGCUUCCUUGGUGUGUAUUCCUUUGGCCUCUUUACCACCACCAUCUUUGCCAAUGCAGGGCAGGUAGUGACAGGAAACCAGACACCUCAUUUCUUGUCUACCUGCCGUCCAAACUACACAGCACUGGGCUGCCACUCAGCGCUGCAGUACAUCACCGAGCGGCGAGCGUGCACCGGAAACCCUUACCUCAUCACCUCCGCACGCAAAUCUUUCCCCUCCAAGGACGCAGCGCUGAGUAUGUACUCAGCUGUCUAUACAGUGAUGUAUAUAACUCUGGUAUGGAGGACUAAAGGCACAAGGCUGACCAAACCCACUCUCUGUCUGACUCUCCUCUCAUUGGCUGUUCUGGUGGGCAUUGUGCGUGUAGCUGAGUACCGCAACCACUGGUCUGAUGUUCUAGCUGGAAAUCUCACCGGAGGAGCCAUCGCCGCUUUUCUGGUCACAUGUGUGAUCAAUAACUUCCAGCAGACUCAGUCUCAGCUGCCACCGUUACCGCCCCCUGUGUACCUUCCACGGCCGGAGCCCUCGCUCAACGUGCCCAUGGUGGCCAUGCCCUGCGUAGAGAGUCCACUCGAAAAGUUAAGUGGCCCUCAGAGGAGUUUGGCAUCACAUGACCAUCAGCCAUACCUGGCCCCCGCCCCUCCCGAUGUCCUCAUCCACUCACGUCGCUCCAUCUCCAGCGCAGUCUAGACAUGCCUUCAGAAUAUUCUACCUGCGCUCGCCCUAGACCCUCUCUCACAAGAGCAUACUCCACUCAGGUCUAGGGCCUCCCCGCGCUCACCUCUACUGCCCCCUGCUGGCUGACAGAGACAAUGACAGCAAUAGCCACUCAUUUGAAUCGGGAUUAUUUUGAAAUGACAGCCCCAUGUUCGUCGGAAUCCUCAUAGUAUCUGUCUUUUAUCUUUUGGGUGGGUGUUUUGUAUUAUUUUUACUAAAGGAAAGUGUUUCACCUGAUAAUAAUCUUCCAUCUCUGUAUAUUUGCCGUGUAUUUGCAUUAUUAAUGCCAGAUAUUCUGUGUACAUUCUAAAAAGAUUUUUUCAUCUAACAGCCAUACAGAAACUGAAUAUCAACUGUGAAAUUUAAGAUUUGAAUUAACAUCUACUGACAUUUAGGAGUUAAAAGAAGAAAAUCGAUUCUAUUUUUGGAAAUAUAGAUUGGUAGGAUGUAGCAAACUACUAGUAAGCAUAUUUGAAAGAUAAUAAAUAGAUUGUUAGCACUAUUUUUAUGGCUAAGUAUUUAAGAUAAGUAUCCAUGGAGCAAAUUAUUGCAUUAUUCAGAAAUAGGGUUAUAGAGAAUCAAUAGCUGUACAGAGACAGUUUUUAAAAUAUUUAAUAAGUUUUCAGGAUGUGAAGGAGAUGAAUAUGUACAGGAUGUAGCAAAUGUUUUAUAUCUUACAUUGUAUAAAAUGGGAAUGUUUUCCCUUGGAAUUUUCCUGCUAGAAUUAUUGACAGUUUAAGUCAGUUUAGUGAUAUAAUCCAGAACCAAAAAUCCAGACACUAAGAAAUCACCUCAGGUUUCAUCCUAAGGUUGAUGGGAUACAUCUACCAACUGUCCGUGUCUCACAAAAGAUUAUACCAUUUUUUUUUGUAAAUAACUCUUUUUCUUCUCUUCUUCUUUUUUUUUUUUUUUUUUUUUUUUGCAUUUUACAUAGAAAUUACUGUUUUCAUUAAAACACUUCAUUCUGUAGAAUUUACUGUAGAACGUGUACAAGAGACUUGGGUGAAAUAAUCAUUUGUGAACUUUUUUUUUUUAAGAUUGUGAAACUGAAAAUAUCCUGUAAAGCUUGUUGUCAGACAUUUUGUCUAUUGAUGUUAUUGGCUAUUUUGUAAGCCAACAUUUUUCUACAUAGUUCAUCCACUGAAGGAAGUGAGAUAAAGCCUCUGUAUGUAACAUGGUGCUUGAAUGUGACUGUUCAGGUAUAGCCCUCCUAUCAACAUUUAAUUAAAAGGAAAUGGUCUGAAUUUUGUUUUAUAAUUAUUGCAGAUCGCCCUCUGGUGGUGCUUGAUGAAACUUGAUACUAUCUAAAUACACAGGCUUCACAGAAGUUCCUAAGGGCUCUGGACCUGAAAUGUGAUUGUGCAUAAAGAUUUUAUAAAUGUGAAACUUUAUUAAGUUAUAUAUAACUUUAUUAUUACUGUAUACAAUACCCAUUAAAAAGCAUGUCAUCUUAACAUGUUUUUUUGU